UCAGACUGCAUCUCAUGUUUCGAUGCCCGUGUGCUGGUCUCCGCUGGUGAUAGGCUAUGUCGUACAUGCUGUCACCGUGGGCGACUAUUUUGACAGCUUUCCGACCCUUGAGUCCGACUUUGGACAGGACGAUCUGUAUGGCUACGGGAGCGGCUUUCGGGAUUUGAGACGAGGUGGUGGCAGUGCUUACGACGACUACUUCGGAGGGUCGUAUGGCGGUUUUGGGAGCUUUGGACAAGCUGAUCGCAAAGAGUCAGGCAAAGAUUCUGGCAAGGAUUGUUCUCGCAUUGAAGCAGAUGGGAUUCCACUUGCCGACUUGCUGCGAGAGGCUGCUGAGAAUCUUCCGCAGAACUUGUCAGAGACCCCUGCUGAGAUUCUUGAGCUCGUGCGAUUCUUCUCCAGCCAGGAGCAGCGCAAAUUCCUUCUGACUCAUUGCCCGCAAGCAGUGGCUUUGUCAGUCCUUUUGGAAGCAGAGAUUGAGGCCAAGAAGACCUCAGCAGGUCGUCCUGUUCAGGAUGAGAUGCUAAAGGAAGUAGUCUCUCCUCUUGGCGAGAUGCUGCAGUUGGCACCAACCUUGAGGAGCCCAUACAAGGCACCUCCAGUUUGGACUGGAAAGCCCUGGGGUGAUGUGCUGAACUCUGCACAGCAUCGGACUGGAGUUGUCCUCUUCCCAAUCGGUGAGCAGCAGUUUCACGUGGAUUUUGUUUCCGCUGUCGACUGGUCGAUUUGGGCAAACCGGCGUUGCAGAGGGCGUCGAGAUUUGGGCAAUCUUCAGGGUGUGCCACUGGCAAGUUGCCUGGAGAAGUGCUCCCUGCAUCCAUCGUGUAGGUCAGCUACAUUUUGGCACUGGCAGCCCGGUGGCAUGGGAUUUGAUCAACGCUGCUUUUUGUCCUCCUCUUGCACCUAUCAGCUGUCGACUGAUGAAGGUGCUGAAGGAGCGUUUCUUUUCGAGAAGCUUGCGUUGCUGUCGGUAGCAGAGCAAGAUCUUGUGCAUGAAAGGCUUCGAUCACCCAACGCUGCAUGGGCCCCUCGUGCUGGUCACCAACUGCUUGCAGCCAACUCCGGCAAUGGGAUUCGAUUGUUGCUGAUGGGUGGAAUUGGUGUUGAUCCAUUUGUCAACACCACGCAGGACGAAGAUGGAAAGAAGAUGACGUCUCAGGAUGGAAUGGGCGCCAAACACGACAAGAAGCAAAAGGGCGGCAAAGGAAAGGGAUCUGCACAAGCCAGGUCAGCAGAAGCACGGUCCAGGAGGCAAAGCAACUUCACCGGAAUGCUCAAUGUAGUUCAAGCUUACUUGUCCCGCCACGUUGAAUUGAGCGGAGAACUGCCACCCUUGCGCUCUCUUCCCUAUGGAAGGUUGGGUGACCUCUGGAUGAGUGAAGACGAGGGCACAAGCUGGACGCUCUUGCAGCAAAAAGUUCCUUGGGGGCCUAGAGCAUUCUUUGGAGCAGCAGCUGUUGACAGUCGGCUGCUCGUUUUUGGCGGCAUCAGAACUCCAGAGGCCAGCAACCAAACCGACGAUCUUCCGAGACAGUACGUCAAUGAUGUGUGGACUGCUUCUCUCCCAGACCUAGUGUGGCGAGAACUUCCGGCAGCGCCUUGGGAAGCUCGUGCUGGCUUCCAGGCUCUGGCAUGGCAGCCCGACAAGAGUGGUGAGGAAAUUCUUCUUUUUGGAGGUCGUUUGGAAACGGGGGACCUCAAGAACGAUGUUUGGGCACUCCGUCUGGAUGAGCUGGACAGGCAUUCUGAUGGCUCACCUGCAUGGAGACUGGUCACAGCAGCAGCUUCUUGGUGCCCCCGCAGCGAUUUUGCGUCUGCGUUUGCAGGGCAAUCCCGCAGUCUAUGGAUCUUUGGAGGGAGUGGACAGGACGGAAGAGCACUGGCAGAUGUCUGGCGAAGCACUGACGCUGCAUCUUGGUUCCAGGUCCAAGCAGCAGCUUCCUGGGGACCGCGAAUUGGAGCAACAGCUGUGACACUGCAGUGGCAGGCCCUGCAGGCCCUGCAGGCUGAUGUGAUGAAUGUGAUGCUCUUAUUUGGAGGCUACUCUUACUUUGAUGAUGGCUUUGGUCCACAGCCAGGGAACGCCUCUGACAAGGGAACGGCGUGGAUCUCCACGGACGGUAUGGCUUGGUCGCCUUUGCCGCCCGAUAGUCUUGCGUGGACGCAGGGAACUAUGCAUGCAGCAUCUGUUGCGGCACCCUGUGACAUGACCGUACGGUCUGUCAAAGGACAGACUUGUUCUUAUGUGACUGGGGGGAUUUCCGAUGAAGGCUACUUUGACAAUGCAGUUCGGCGUCUCCAAGUGGGUCAGAGAGAGGAUGAUUUGCUCAAAUCCAUCACAGCGAAGCCAUAUGCUGGAGAUGCUGGAGGUGUGGAAAGAAGCAUGACAUCCAACUGGACAAGUGAAAACCUGACUCGAACGACUCCGAUGACUCAUUUUUUCAACGUGAAGGUGGAGCAUGCUGUUGGUCUUUCUCUUCUACUUUCUCUAGUACUUCUAUGGACUUGUGUAGAGAAGGCCGCUGGUUGGACGGAUCCUGACAAGUCCGACGUGCCUCCCAGCAUGCGCUGUUUGACGCGCCUUCUGUUUGGAAUGGUGGCUUUGCUUUUUGCUGUUGGAGGUGUUACUGGAACAGUGCUGUUGAGCAUCUCAAAGGAGCUGGCAACGAUUCGAUCAGAGGCACCUAGAUGCCAGAUCGAUGACAACCUCACCAGUGUGCUUUGGCACGCACUUGGGUUAGCGGAAUCUGCUGCUCGCUGGGAUGAGUUUGAGGUGUUGCUGCGAUUAGCAUCUCAUGAGUCACAGUAUGGCUAUGGAUUUGGCUAUGGAGCAGGAGGCAAAGCAAGUGAUAUCUACGGAACCCGCUAUGAUCGAGGUUAUGAUGGCUAUGGUCCGUAUGAUGCGCCAGGACCAAAGGAGGCUUCGAGCCUCAAAAAGGAGCUCAGUCUUCUUCCUACUAUCCAGUCGGUGUCCUGCCGGACGCCCAAGUGCGACAGAAAUGCGACCUGCCUGGGCGCUUCAAGGUCAUUGGCAAGUCCGUAUGGCUGCUGCAGUGACUACAUGAUGGUGAUGCUCAACGACAUCACCAGCUGGCUCAAAGAGCAAGACAUUCCGUACUUCAUCACCUACGGUACUUUGCUAGGUGCUGUGAGAGAGAAGGACAUUCUCCCAUGGACCCAGGACAUGGACAUCGUGGUCGACCGUUCACAUUGGCCAAAACUUCAGCAAGGUUUGGAGGCCGCUGAAUUCUUUGGUGGGCGGCGAUAUCUUUUUGGUGUAGACCAAUGGGAGGAGAGAGUAUCGCGAGUUUGCGCUGACUGGGAGGGCUUUGCGACCUCCAUUGUUGGUGGGCAGGAAAGCGAUCGUUUUAGUCGGCCGACGGAUUUCCACUUGGACGUGUAUGCCAGUGAUUGGUGGCAGAUCACUGAUCUCCACCUGGUGGAUUGUGUUGAACCUUUGGGUGUGACUCAGCUGGAGAUUCGAGGGAGGAACUUCUCAGCACCAGCUCGCCCUAGAGCGUGCGUGGAAAAGCUCUAUGGUGCCGUGCGCCACUCUGCAUUUUUGUUUGUCAUCUGCUGUGCGGAUAGAUUCUAUUGCGACUUGUAGGAUCUUGUAGGCAUAUUCCCUUGCCUGUGCGCCGCAGGAAUGGCGCGUCCCCAAGCGAGCACUAGCCGGUGUGAAUUGAAGACUUCUAGCUCUCAGCCGCAGGCCAAAGAGCUUCUAUGCUUCACUCUCUGUACAGGAAGCUGCCUGGGGUGAUGGAUGGUGAUGGUGAUUAAAAUAGCAAAUCAUAACUGUUUUAUCCUUUUUUUGGUAUGUGCGUGAGCGUGUGCCUUUCAUAAAGAGUGGUGGAAGCGGGUACAAAGCAAA